AUGGUUUCAGCUCUAGCGUUUGCUUUUCUCCUCUGCCUCUCUUGUCCUUUUGCAUCAUGUCAGCAGAGAAGGGCAGGAGUUGAAGUUGGGCCAGAGAUGCUGGAAGAGAUGAGACAAACCAACCGUGUGCUGAUGGAAGUUCGGGAAUUGUUGAAAGACCAGAUUAAGGAGAUAAAAUUCCUGAAGAACACAGUCAUGGAGUGUGAUGCCUGUGGCAUGCACACCGAGGUCACAGGCCCUGCCAUCACCAUGACACAGUUUAACAGAUGCCUCCCAAAUCCCUGCUUCCCUGGAGUUACCUGCACCGAGACCGGCACCAGCUUCCGCUGCGGACCCUGCCCCCCCGGGUACUCGGGCAAUGGGACCCACUGCACGGAUAUCAAUGAGUGCAACGCAGCCCCCUGCUUCCCGAAGGUCCAGUGCAUCAACACCGCCCCCGGCUUCCGCUGCGACCCCUGCCCGCCUGGCUUCACUGGGCAGCUGGUGGAAGGGGUUGGACUGUCUUAUGCCAGGGCCAACAAACAGGUCUGUACUGACAUCAAUGAAUGUGAGACAGGUGCUGCCAAUAAUUGUGUCCCAAACUCCAUCUGCAUCAACACACGGGGAUCCUACAAGUGUGGGGCGUGUAAACCUGGCUUUGUUGGUGACCAAGUGAGUGGCUGCAGGAACCAGGCAGUGAGACGCUGCCCCAACGGAGAGAUCAGCCCCUGCCACGAGAAGGCUCAGUGCAUCGUGGAGCGCGAUGGCUCCUUGUCCUGCGCGUGCCUCGUGGGAUGGGCAGGGAAUGGCUACGUCUGUGGGAAGGACACGGACAUCGAUGGGGUCCCUGAUGAGAAGCAGCGCUGCUCGGACAAGAAGUGCCGCAAGGAUAACUGCCUGACUGUCCCCAACUCUGGCCAGGAGGAUGCAGACAGGGAUGGAAUUGGAGAUGCCUGUGACGAUGAUGCUGAUGGAGAUGGGAUAUUAAAUGCUGAGGACAACUGCGUGUACACCCGCAACGCCGACCAGCGCAACGCGGACAGGGACAACUUCGGGGACGCCUGUGACAACUGCCGGCAGGUGAAGAACAACGACCAGCGCGACAUCGACGGCGACGGGCGGGGGGACGAGUGCGACGACGACAUGGAUGGAGAUGGGAUCAAAAACCCCAUGGACAACUGCAAGAGAGUUCCUAACCCUGACCAAAAGGAUGCAGAUGGUGAUGGAGUGGGAGAUGCCUGUGACAGCUGCCCAACAGUCAGCAACCCAGACCAGAAAGACACUGAUCACGACCUAGUGGGAGAUGUUUGUGACACCAACCAGGACAGUGAUGGGGACGGGCACCAGGACUCACGGGAUAACUGCCCAACAGUGCCCAACAGCUCCCAGGUGGACACGGACAAUGACGGGCUGGGAGAUGAGUGUGAUGAUGAUGAUGAUGAUGAUGGGAUUCCAGAUGAGAAACCUCCAGGCCCUGACAACUGUCGCCUUGUCCCUAACCCUGGUCAAGAAGACUCUGACGGUGAUGGUGUGGGGAACCUCUGUGAAGAUGACUUUGACAGAGACAUGGUGAUCGACAGGAUCGAUGUGUGCCCUGAGAAUGCAGAGGUGACACUAACAGACUUCAGGGCUUUCCAGACUGUUGUGUUGGACCCAGAGGGUGAUGCACAGAUUGACCCCAACUGGAUUGUCCUCAACCAGGGCAUGGAAAUCGUCCAGACCAUGAACAGUGAUCCUGGCCUGGCUGUAGGCUACACAGCAUUCAAUGGAGUGGACUUUGAGGGCACAUUCCACGUCAACACUGCCACAGAUGAUGACUAUGCUGGCUUCAUCUUUGGCUACCAGGACAGCUCCAGCUUUUAUGUGGUCAUGUGGAAGCAGAUGGAACAGACAUAUUGGCAGGCAAACCCCUUCCGAGCAGUGGCAGAGCCUGGAAUUCAGCUGAAGGCAGUGAAGUCGAAAACAGGCCCUGGGGAGUAUCUCCGGAAUUCCCUCUGGCACACGGGAGACACCACAGACCAGGUGAAGCUGCUGUGGAAAGACCCUCGGAAUUCCGGCUGGAAGGACAAGACGUCCUACCGCUGGUUCCUGCAGCACCGGCCUCAGGUGGGAUACAUCAGAGCUCGCUUCUAUGAAGGCCCUGAAGUCGUAGCAGACACUGGAGUUGUCCUUGACACAACCAUGCGAGGAGGACGCCUGGGAGUCUUCUGCUUCUCCCAGGAGAACAUCAUCUGGUCCAACCUGCGUUACCGCUGCAACGACACCAUUCCAGAAUACUACGAAACAUUCAGAAUUCAGAAGGACUAA